UUUCGAGGAUGUGAGUCGUGCACUAGAGUCUAAGUUUCGCUUCAAAGCGCAAGUGUCUUGUCUACCUCUAAGAACUUUCGCCACAAACACAAACACAACCACAAUCAAAACAACUCCUCUUUCCCACGUUUCCAACUUUUCCGCACAACAACAAAACUCCUCAAUCACGCCCCAAAAAAGGGAAAAAUGCCGCUCUACAUGCGGUCCACGCCCUACGGAGCCAGAGGCAGAAGAUCCACCUCCCCAAGCUCAAUCUCUCAACGCCGCGCAAGCCAAGCCUCCACCAACGCCGCAACCAUAUCCCGAAUCCGCGCCAAAGUCAACUCGAUCCGCUCCGACCCCGAAGGCGUACGAUACUACGAAUCCGCACUCCGCUACAUGGAGACGCAGCAAGGACACAUAGGGGCGCAAUUACGGUACCUGGAGGAGGAGGUCGAUGAGUGGAUUGCGGUGCUCUCUAGGAUUGAAGCUGGAGCUAGACGUGACGAGCGGGCCCGUGAUGGGGAGGGAGUUGAGGAAGAGAGAUUGCCGGAUUAUGAGGUUGAUGAGAGUUCGCCUGCUUAUGAGAGAGGGGGACCACCGGCGUACGAGAGUCUGAUGGCUGUAGGCAAUGAGAGAGUUGAGGGACAGGGUGGAUCAUGGAUUGCGAAGCUGUUCAAGAAGGGACGCGAUUUGUUUCGACGAAAGCAGGAGGUGAGGAAUGGGGGUUUGGAUCAGCAGGGUUGGGAGAACUGGUAUUGGGCGGAUUGGUCUAGGGAGGAGAUGUUGUUGAGUGCUUUGGAAGAGGACUUCUUGCUUUAAGGACUCGAUGGGUGCAGUGAGAGAGCUGCUUCUUCCUGACGAUUUCUAGGAGAUUCUCAGCUUCUCAGCCGAGUCCCUAGCUUUUGCAGAUGAUGUUCGUGAAAUAUACACAACUCACAAGAUUACC